AUGUACCGAAAGAGUUCCUUGGAGGGAAUGUGUCCCAUUGUUUCUACUUUACGUGAGAGAUCUCGGAAUCUGAGUUGGGAUUUGCGUGUUAUUUAUCUUCGAAUCCAGGAUUCCAAUGCCGAGGAAAUCAAAUCUCGCUCAAAGUCAAGAAAUCAAUCGCUUACCAAUACUCGGUGCUUUUGUCUAACGGUAGCGUUCUAUAUAAAAGAAAAGGGGGCAAUAUAUGCGGCAGGAAAUGAAUGA